AUGAAGCCCCACAAGAGCGAUGAUAUUCAGAUCGCACAUGAUGAGAACUUGGAUCAAGGCCAGGGCGAUGACCAUACCUCACGAUCAAAAGCUGUUGAAUUUUUAGCGGGAAAUUCAAGUGAGCAACCUAGCUUCACCUACGAAGAGGAAAAAGCUGUGCUUCGCAGAAUUGAUUCGCGGGUCCUUAUUCUUGUACUAUGGGCAUAUUUCUUCCAGCAGCUGGACAAGAGUACAUUAAGUUAUGUGUCCAUUUUCGGAAUCUCAGAGGAUGCUCACCUGGUUGGCCUUCAGUAUUCCUGGCUUGGCUCUAUUCUAUAUCUCGCUCAACUGGUCAUGCAGCCUUUGGCAGCUUUAGUCCUUGUGAAGCUCCCAACAGGGAAGGUUUUGGCUUCGGCAAUCUUCCUUUGGGGUUCCUCGCUCACCAUCAUGGCCGCCUGCACUAAUUUCUCAUCACUUCUUGGUAUGCGCUUUGUCCUUGGGUCGUUUGAAUCAUUGAUCGCACCUUGUUGUGUCGCCAUCACACAGAUGUGGUGGCGGCGUAGCGAGCAGACUCUGCGAGUCAGCUACUGGAGCGCCAUGAAUGGUGUCACAUCCAUCAUCGGAAGUCUACUGACAUAUGGUCUGGGCCAUAUCCACAGCGCGGUGCUAUAUCGCUAUCAGACCAUCUUCAUGUUUUGUGGGCUGCUGACGGUGGCUUACUCUCUCGUUGUCUUUUGGCUCAUGCCAGACUCGCCGAUGGACGCUCGAUACCUCAACCAGCGAGAAAAGUUCAUUGCUACAGAGCGGCUCCGAGCGAAUCAAAUGGGCAUCGUCACCCAGAAGUGGCGAUGGGACCAUGUCCUAGAAGUGAUGCUCGAUCUCAAAACAUAUUGCUGGUUUUUUACCAUCAUUGCUAUCUCUAUUGCAAGUGGUGGCAUCUCCUCAUUUGGCUCCUUGAUUGUGAAGUCUUUCGGAUUCAACAGCUUUCAAACAAUUCUAUUCAACAUUCCCUUCGGAGUCGUUCAAGUCAUCGCUAUAGUGGGUGCCGGUUGGAUCGCUACGCGCACUCAACGAAAAGGUCUCGUUAUCUCGGGCAUGAGUAUAAUGCCCGCGGUCGGUGCUAUCUUGAUGCUUACCGUCCCACGAAAGCAAAAGGGAGUUCUGCUUUUUGGAUACUAUUUGGUUUCAACUUUGGCUGGAAUAACUCCUAUGCUUUAUGCAUGGCAAGCCCAAAAUACCGCAGGCGACACCAAGAAGAAGUGCACUUCCGGGAUUGUAUUUGUUGGAAUGUGCGCUGGAAAUGUCAUAGGGCCACUUCUGUUCUCAACCGACGAUGCACCCUUAUAUCGAACAGGUCUCAUAGCCGAUCUCGCUAUGUUUGUCACAGUGGGAAUUCUCGCCGCGCUUAUCCCUAUCUACCUCGCUUUCUUGAAUAAAAAGCACGAGAAGAUGCGGUUGGGACUUGGAAAGUCCGCGCAUGUCGCUGACAUGUCUAUGCUCCGGAAGGACCAACUCAAAGUGAACAAAGCGACCGAGCUCGAGAGUUCUCAAGAUCAGAAAAAUUCCGUUGAGGAAGAUAAGGGACUAUUGGAUGUGACUGACCUAAAGAAUGAGGAUUUUAUCUAUGUUUAUUAG